AUGAGGCAAAGCAAUGGCUACCUCUACAACCCGGGACCUGGACAUGACAGAUCCACAGUGCUACUGAGAGCGCUGACGCAGUACAUCGCGGACAAGGUUUCCUCCUACAAGGAGGCCAAGGUAUCCUUGGAGGACCACUAUCUGGAAGUGGAGCUUGACGAUGAUGACGAUGACGAUGACCCCGAGAAGAACACCGAGAUUGGAUUUCUGAAGGCGUACUUCAAGAUCACCCAGAAGGUUCCUCAGCAAAAGUGGAUCGUGGUCGAACCCGGGCUGGAGGUCCACCUGCAGAUGGAGGAAGCUGACCGGCCUUCAGACAAAGAGAGCGUACACAUUCCCGUGAAGGUGACGACGACUAUGCAGAUCAAGUCUCUCAAGGAGCAGCAGGUCGUGGACUUCAUCGACAAAGCAUACAAGUGGUACUUGGAUAUGCAGAGCCAGAUGCAGUCCAAGAACAAGUCGCGGUACAUGUACGAGAUGAUCCCCUCCAAAGAGGAGACGGAGAAGAGAUCAUACCGAAGAUACAAGUUGUCUGGGGACAAGUCGUUUCAAAGCCUCUUCUUCCCAGAGAAGGAUGCUUUGGUACAGAUCUUGGACCACUUCAAUCAGCGAACGGGCAAGUAUGGCAUUCCAGGCUAUCCACACAAGCUUGGAUUGCUGCUAUAUGGACCUCCUGGAACAGGCAAAACCAGCUUGAUCAAGGUCCUGGCGCAGCACACGCAGCGAUCCAUCGUCAAUGUGCCCCUAGCGCGCAUCAAGACCAACACUGAAUUGAUGCAGCUGAUCUUUGACCAAAAGUACACAGUGGAGGGCGUUGAGAACCCUAUUCGGCUCCGAAUCAAGGAUGUGAUUUUCGUCAUGGAGGACGUGGAUGCGGCAUCUCACGUCGUGCAUCGUCGUGACAAGUCUGAGGCGGCUAUGAGGGAGGAGAUUCUUAGCAUGCAGAACUUUGACCGCAUCGAGCGGUUAGAGAAGCUCGAGAGGCUGGCAGGCAAGCUGGAAGAUGCAGAGAAGCCGGGCUCGAAGGCCGUGGUCAAGGAGGUCACACAAAAAGAGACCACGGAGACCUCCGAAUCGAAAGAUGCUAAAGAUGCCACGAGAGAAGUGGAUGGCAAGAUCCUGCAGCAGAUGUUGGACGUCAUCAAAGACAAGAGAGGAGGUGAAACUCUCUAUGGGGUGGCUGGGCCCUCUGGCGAAAUUAUAGGCAAUGACCAGCUGAACUUGGCAGGGAUCCUGAACACCCUGGAUGGCGUGGUCGACACGCCCGGGCGCUUGCUGGUCAUGACUUCCAACCACCCUGAGAAGCUGGAUCCUGCUUUGAUCCGUCCUGGCCGCAUCGACAAGACUUUCCACUUGACCUACAUGGUGGGCUUCCAGGUGCAGCUGCCGAUUUAG